UAUUACAGAGUGGGUUUCAUCGUCCAAGGUGUUUUCUACCCUUUAUAUUGGUCAUGCUUUGACCAGCGCCGGUUAGAAGUUAUAUAUGUGUGGUAUCCACAGACCCCGGCCAACGCUGCCCCUCAAAGUAAUAUUGAGCGACCCAAUUUUCUCCCCGGCACCUUCUUCCCCGGAGUGGAUAUCAACAAUCUUUACACUCAGACUCACCAAAGAAACAGAAUAGCUCAACUCACUGGCAGAAAUACAUAUGUGAACGACACACAGUUCUUAUCUCGUGGUCAUCUAGCUGCUAGGACUGAUUUCAUUUUCGCUACUGGUCAAGAAGCCUCAUUCUGGUUCAUUAACGCUGCCCCUCAAUGGCAACCUUUUAACGCUGGUAACUGGAACUCACUGGAGCAGAACCUACGUACUCGCAUUGGAGCUGCUGGGUACCACACUACGAUUUACACAGGAACAUUUGGUGUGACUCAACUCCGUAAUGCACAAGGUCAAUUCGUUGACAUCUAUUUGCACACCAAUACCCAAGUUCCAGUGCCGCUGUACUUUUAUAAGGUGGCGUAUGAUGCAACUAGACGCCUGGGCACAGCCUUUAUCAGCAUCAACAACCCUCACUAUACGUUAGACGAGGCGCGUGUGCUGCAAUUCUGCAUUGACCGCUGCCGUGGUAAUAGUGCCUUCAACUGGAUCCGUUGGCAGCCUGACCGCGUCGAUAUAGGCUACAGCUUCUGCUGCACCAUCGAUGAUUUUAGGAGGGUCAUUCCGCACCUCCCCGCCUUUACUGUAAACGGUCUUCUAACAUAAUUCAAGUGUACCCAUUGAAACUACAUAAGUAAUAUGUCCCAGUUUGAAUUACAAUUUUAUUUUCCGAUUGAAUUACUUAAUUUUAUU